UAUAUUCAAUCCUCCUCUUUUGUCCCCAUAGCCCAAUCCAGCAUGAUCUCGAGUCGUGUCUUUGCCUCCGCCCUGCGCGCCCAGGCUCCUGCUCUGCAGGCAGUCAAGGCCCGUCCCGCCGCCCGUAUCUUCCAGCAGACCCGCGGCCUCAAGAACACCCCCAAGUUGAGAGAGCCCGUCCCCAAGGAGGAGCACAGCGCACACACCAUCUCCCAGCGUAUCCGUACCCUGAGAAAGAUUCCCCCAGAGUUGAUCCCCAUUGGUGUCGUCCUUGCCGUCGCCAUCGGCUUCGCCGGCUACUCGCUCAUCCGCAAGCUCUUUACCGACGGUACCCUCCGCCUGUACAGAUCCAGAGGCCACAACCAGGCUUCUUCUCCUUCCGACACCAAGCCCUCCCACUAGAUUGACAAGAGAAGCAAUGCAUUUUUGAAAAAUAUCAUAUCGCAGAGUCUAUCAGUGCGCCAGAUUGUGUAUGCAGUCUACUUGUAG